AUGGAGCAAGGUGGUCUUCAAGUCUCUCUACUACCAAUAACCAGGGCUGGGCGCCGACAGCAGGAGCUCCUCGUUGAUGGCACUCAGCGUCUGGUGAACCUCGGCAUUGCCGGGUCGAUUCCAUUCGCAGUCGUCGACGCGGUUCCCGUACAGGCCUGUCGGUGGCACUGGACCAGAGGCGGAAGGCAGUGUCACCGCCGCGGCAGUGACGUGGAGUUGCGCCGAGUGCCGAGCUCGCGCUCCUUGGUCAAGAACAAUCAAGCCAGCACCACGCACCCGCUGUUCAUGAUAUCCACCAGGGCCGGGCACCGACAGCAGGAGCUCCUCGUCGAUGACAUCCAACUUCUGGUGAUCCUUGGCGUUGCUGAGUCGAUCCCGGUCGUUGUCGUCGGCGGGGUUCCCGUACAGGCCUGUCGGUGGCACCGGACCAGAGACGGAGCGCAAUGUCUCCGCAUCAACCUAACGUCGCACCGAGAUCCAAGCUCAACUCUCAAGCAAGCAAACACGCGCGGCGCAUCACGCUUCGGUGCGCCCGUUCGGGCCGGGCACCGGCAGCAGGAGCUUACUGUCGAGUCGAUCCCAGUCGUAGUCGUUGGCGGGGUUCCCGUACAGGCCUGCCGAUGGCACCGGACCCCGUGGUCGCGAUCUUACUACUCGACGGCUUUGCCUACUCGCACCCUCGCAGAACUCGGCCGUGACACCAGCUCACAAGCCUCCUCCCCUCCCCUUUCCUCCCUUCCUGUAGACUACCCCGCCUCUCCUUGGCUCCUGCUCUUACCAGCUUUGCUACGCUGA